AUGAAGCUUCAAAUGUUAUGGCUCGCUUUGGUACUAAUAGCCGUUAAAACUAAUGCAGCAAAGCAAGAAAGCAAUGCAACAAUCCCAGCACUAAUAGUUUUUGGAGAUUCCAUAAUGGAUACUGGUAAUAACAAUGGACUUCACACUAUUCUAAAGUGCAACUUUCCUCCCUACGGCAAGGACUUUCCGGGCGGUUAUGCCACUGGAAGAUUUUCUGAUGGAAGAGUUCCCUCUGAUCUAAUUGCGGAGAAGUUGGGAUUGACUAAAACAUUGCCAGCAUAUAUGAGCCCAAAUUUGAAGCCAGAAGAUCUUCUUCAAGGUGUGACAUUUGCAUCUGGAGGAACUGGUUACGAUCCAUUAACGGCUAAGAUGAUGUCUGUAAUAUCAGUGUGGGAUCAACUAACAUAUUUCAAACAAUACAUAGCAACCAUCAAGCAACAUUUUGGAGAAGAAAAAGCCCAAAAUAUCUUGGACCAUAGUUUUUUUCUUGUGGUUUCUAGUAGCAAUGAUCUUGCUCACACGUUUCUAGCUCAAUCUUAUAAAUAUGAUCGUACUUCUUAUGCUAACUUCUUGGCUGAUUCAGCAGCUAAGUUCGUACGAGAAUUACAUAAGCUUGGAGCUCGAAAAAUUGGAGUAUUUAGCGCAGUGCCUGUUGGAUGUGUACCACUUCAAAGAACAAUGUUCGGAGGCUUAUUUACAAGAAGAUGUAAUAAGCCUUUAAACAAUAUGGCAAAACAAUUCAACGCUAGACUUUCUCCAGCACUGGAUUCUCUAGAUAAAGAAUUAGAUGGUGUUAUCUUCUACAUUAAUGUUUAUGAUACUCUUUUAGACAUUAUCCAAAACCCUGAAAAAUAUGGUAAGUUCAUCUUACAAAUACAACUAUAUAAUUUUUCUAUUUUAUAACAUUAACUAAUUUAUAAGUCUCAUUCUCUUUCAGGUUUUGAAGUAGCUGAUAGAGGAUGUUGCGGUAAAGGCACUGUUGCGAUAUCUUAUUUGUGUAACUCACUGAACCCAUUCACAUGUUCUAAUUCUUCGGCGUAUGUAUUCUGGGAUAGCUACCAUCCGACUGAAAGAGCUUAUCAAGUUAUUGUUGACAAGUUACUCGACAAAUACUUGAGCAAGAUCUAUUGAUGUUGAUCAUCUAAAUUAAACCUAUUUUUAUCAUUGUGUCUUGUUGGCUUUUUUAUCUAUGUAUUAUUUUAUUUCUCUAUUUUUAUUUUCUUUUCUAUAUGUAUUCACUCUUUAUAUUUUCAAGGUAUUAUGCCACUUUUACUCAUUAUAUUUUUCUUUAACUUCAAGACUCCUUUAUAAAUGACUCAUUAAAAUAUGAAAGAAGCACUACUAAAUCACGAAUUAAAAGCUUUUGGGGUAAUUUCUUAAGUAAUUAAACUUAAUAGAUCAUUAUGUUAGAUGUUGUUGUUGUUUUGAUAUUACGACAUUGGUUCCUCGUUCUCUCAACAUGUGGAAUCAAAAUGUAAGUGGUUAUGUUUUCUCAUAGAGGUGAAGAGUAUCAGCAGGAAACUCAUCUCCCCGACCUCUUCGGCAAGAAUCCAAGGGAGGUGUGCAACACUAUGAAACCUAAAUCCGCCAUUUUUAAAUCUAGAACUGAGGAUUGUAUUAGAAUAUAUGGAUGUAAAUUUGGUAGGUAGGUAGUCAUCAAUCAUAGGAUCAAAAUUGCGCAAGAUGUUUUUAGGAAUCAAGAAUAUUCAGCGAAAAAAAGAAACCUAAAGAGUACAGGAGAGCAGUGUAAAGAACCGAAAGACUGACAAAAAGAAAUGUUGUGUGUUUACAAAGGUGACAUUCAUGUUCCAAGCUGAAUUUAAUUUCUUACUAUAUAAUCAUUUAUGGGGCCUAGGUGUUGCUAGAGAUUCUAGGUUAUAAAAAAAUAUUGGUAAGGAACCGCUUACGUUGCCAGAUGAUGGAGUGUCUCUCCCUUCAAUAGAAAGUCAAUAUCAAUUUUAUGCAAAGAUGAUAAUGGAAUCUAAAGGGAGAAAAUGGCCAAGCCACGUGACAAACAUGUCUACGUUAUGUUUAUGUUGCAUGUAGAGUAUUGCAUUAUGUGCCUUUAGUUGUAUAGGUCAACAUGUUGAAUAGAUUUUCCACUUACAAUUUACUUUAUUUUCCACACGACAAGUCUUGUUUAACAUGUUGAAUGCACAAAAGUUUCACUUCUUCAAGUAUUCCAUUAUCUGUCUUUAGUUGUAUAGGUCAACAUGUUGAAGGUAUAUCAUAGAGUUUUGUAGCUCAAUAUGAAAAGUUAUGUGUGUGUAUAAGUCAAGUUCUAUUCUCAGUCACAUCAUUCUAUCAAAUUCUAUUCAAUCACACUAAGAAAAUCAUUCAAAUUUUAUUUAGACAAAAAUUUGCAUAUGAUAUUAGAGUUUGUGGCCUUACAUCAAACAUAACAAGUCUUAACUUAAAGUAAGACAAUGCAGUGAAUCUUCUACACUACUGAUAUGAAAUAAGUUUAAUCUUAAGUAGUUGUAGUAACGGUAAAUCCAAUCUCUAGAUAAUUUCAAUUACUAAGAAUGCAAGCCAUACAACUCAAUCUUAGUGCAAUUAGUGAAUUCAAGUUGAUAAGUAACAAGAUUUAAUCUAAGCAAUACAAUAUCUAAAGCUUUCAAUAAAUUCUUUAAAGGAGAAUCCAUGGGCUAAGACAAUUGAUCCAAGACAUUUAAUUUCCAAAUCAAGGUGUUAACUUUAGCAAUCACAAGUUUCUAUAGGCCUAGACACUAAUAAAGAUCAAUCCUUUCCGAAGAUAGUGAUUAUGCAAUCAUGAGUUAAACAUCAAUUCCUCAUGAGUUAAACAUCAAUUCCCAUUGGUUCAAAUCAUUCAAGCAUGAAUUAUGUUAAAGACUAUUAACCAUCUAGCAAUCCUAACAUCAAAUCCCUUUGGUUAUUCAAGCUAGAGCAAUAUUAAGUUCAGUCAAGCAUUUUAAUAAACACUUUUGGUGCAAAACAUAGCUUUAUAUCAAGAUGAGAGUGAUCAAGUCAAAUCAAGCAUUAAGAUCACUUAAUAAGCAUAGAAACAAGUGGAUAUAACAUUAAACACCUUAACUCUUCACUAAUCACCCUAGAUCUACCUAACUCAUGGAUUCAAAAGGAGUCUACGCAUUAAUCACUUUGUUUAACCUUAAACCCAUCAUAGAUUCAAGACUAAUCAUGCUAAGAAGAUGAUAUAAACUCAAAUCACUCAAAGAAAGAUAUAUUAAAAUACUAAAAAUUCAAGCUUUCACCAAAGUAGAAGAAUAUUUUGGGAGAAAACAAGAUAAUCCCAAACUUAUGUCUAAAAAGUAUUUAUAAAAGACUAAAACUCGAGCUGGAUCAACCCAAUAAACAUGGGCUAACCCAUGAAAAUAUAGGUAUUUUUCUCAAUAGUGACUAGAUGAGGUCGCUACAGUGGGUCGCUAUGCUCAUAGCGACUUGUCUUGGCCGCUACAGUGGUGGCUGCUACGACACUUGGGAGAUUCAGAAGUCUUGAUUCCAUAGCAACCUUGUGAAGUUGCUAUGGUGCAACGAUGUGAAAGGCGCUCCGAAAUUAGCGGCUUCUCUGAACCGAUAUAACACUACCACUACGGUACUUAGGACGUGUCUCAUGUUUCCGGCUCUAUCUUCUGUAGCGACCUGGCCGCUAGGAUCCUUCAACGACU